UUUCAGAAAUGGCUAAAGACAAUCUAAAUAAAAUGCCUCUAUUCAUCAUCUUCAUCUUCAAAAAAAUAAUAAAGCUGUGAAAAAUAACCCAAAUGUUGAAACGUAUUACUUUAGAAAGUGAAAUGGCAGCAGUGCAUAAAGGAGAGGAACUGACACUCAAUUUGGUUUAUCAAUAACAAAACUUCUAUCAAAGUUAUCAAUAUUUGGAUUGAACCAUUUGUAAAUUGUGUUUGAGGUGAGGGGUAAAGGACACUUUCUCAGGCACAUGCAGACAGGUUGCUUGGUUUCGUUUUUAGUCCUGUAUAUAGACGCAACAGCUUCUAUAUGUCCCGGUACUAAAUAGUGUACAUUGUGAGGAGGUGUGACUAAACAUAACGAGUCCCUUUUUUUUCCAGGUCAUUGCAUGCGUGUGUGUUUUUGUUUUCAUGUGGCGUGUCUCAGGCGAGGUGCCCUUCACGGCGUACGUGACAAAUGCAGGCCAUGGGUGAAGAUGUCCUGGUAUUUUUCCAGCCUCUUUGCCACUAGCAAGUCCUUUGAGCACUCGUGUAAAUCUGCAGAGCCGAAUUCAACACCUCAUAUUACCGCCGAAGGCUACAGAACACUCACAUAAACUGGAGGAGGCUGUAGUUGACGGCAACGCAGGAGGCGUGAAAACGAGAGGCAUCGAUGGACCCGACGCUGAUCACCACCGACAAAGAAAGACAGUCACCGUCUGUCCGCCACGAGACUCAAAUCAGUCAGGGUUCUGACUAUUUUUCUGUUUUGGGGGGCUUCUUGGACCAGUCGGAACCACUGCUACCCCCGCUACCCCAUCUGUCUGGGGGCCUUACCUCGUUCCUGUCCGAGAUUUACACUGAACCUGUCCGGAUACCAGACACAAGAAAGCCGCUCAGGGUCGAUUCGCCCACUCUGGAGAGUUCCAAGGCCUCCGACUUCAGCUUCGAGCACCGUCAAACCGCCUAUUUGAUGUCAUUGCCAGACAGCUCAGAGAGUGACUCAGCCACGGGCCUGACGUCAGAUUUGUACAUCUUUGAAAAUGAGACUCAAGACUUCAUCCUGAGUUCAACCACCUCGCAGAAUAACCAUGAUGCCUCCCCUCUUGCGUGUUGUCAUUCAGCCAAGAGAGUGACACAUAGUACUGCCAUGACUAUGGACUGGGCGAUGUUGGAGUCUGAGUCAGGGCUCACGCCACCUGCCGAGGUCACCCGAGUCAAGCCGCGAGGACCGAGGAGCCUCAGUCCCGCUGAACCGUGGGCGGAUGCCUGCCAGUAUCUGGAUAGGACGGAUGUUUUGCCUACUUCCACUUCCAGCGACUUCUCUUUGGAAGAGAUUUGGGUGUCGGGUUACGCCAGUGACGGGAUUGGCUGGGACAGAGAUGACACCAGAGGUUGGGGUCCGCCAGUGGAGAGGUGGUCCUCGGUGGAGAGCUGGGCCAGUGCACUCUCAGACUGGAAUGUCAUUGGGACACCGAGGCAGGAGCUCACAACCGCUUUCUCAGAGAUAGGAGCCGAGAUCGAUGCCCUAACCGAAGCGCUAGCGGACAUUAAGCCCUACAGCGAGACGGAAAAAGGGAUGGGGGUUCACGAUCAGCUAGUGGGACAAACCAUCCAAGAGGAAUCCGUCCCCUGUGGACAGGAAUGCUUCUCUUUCCAACCACAGAUUGGAGACAACGGCCAAUCUCUUGGCGAUUCAACAACCAACACGCAAAUUGAACCGGAGGAAAUCGCUGUCAUCAACUUUGUACAUGAGAAUCAAUCUUUGGUUCCAUCUGCCUGUGACUUGGACAGUCUCAUCCCUGUAUGGACUCCCAUUGAGGAUGUGGACAUUCCUCAUUGUGUCCAGCUUUCAGAGAGAGAAGACUUGAAAGAAGAGAAAAACGUAUUGAACAUAGUUGAGGACGCAGAUGUGACAGCACAACCCGCUGAGCGGACAAAUGAGCAGCUGUCAGGCGAUGGGUUGUUUCAGGUGAUAGAAGAUCACAGAGUCUCCCAGCCCGACCUGUCAUCCAAUCAGGGUGCAGAUGCUAGCACACGUCCAAACAUUAUUGACUGUAACGGACGUGAAACCUCCGAAGAAGAUACGAUGAACCCCCGUGUACCAGUCUUUAAUGACAGUGGACACACAGCACCUGACAUUCUGAUGGACACCGGGGGAGCAACCCAGGUGCGCCCGCAGGUUGGAUGUCCCACCUUUAUUGUGCCCGUAGCCCCUCUUGAGAUCAGGUCUGCCCUGGAGUAUCGUAGGAGCAGCUUGGAUGGAGAUCCCACGAGGGCUUUCAAUGAUGCCCAUGUGCGAACCCGGACCCUUUGGCCGCUCUGCGACGAGCGGGGAACCGGCGAAGAGGUUCGUGGACUUUGUAAAGAACUUUCCAAAUUGACCGUCGUCCCUGAGAAGAACCACAACGAUCUAGAUGAGCCGCACGUCUCCAAGGCGGCAAAACAAAGCAACCAAGCGGUAGCAGACAAGCCGAAACCGAUUCAUGUGUCAUCAGGAAAGAUGCCUCACAAGAGUGAGGGCAAACCCCGCUGCAAGAAGGACAAAUCCGCCAUCCACCAUCACAGCACCCCCGUGCUCAAGAAACAGGAGAACUCGGCUCACCUCACAAACAGCAGACAAAAAGAAACCAUGGAAAGUCCGAGCAGUCACCUUGUCGAAGAGAAGACGAUGGUAAUCGAGACAGCCAAGCCGCAUGGCAAGAAGAAGAAGAAACACCAACAAAACGCGACCGCGACGGCAGCAGACCCUCCGGCCGUGACGGAGAUUGUCGCAAAAGCGAAGGGUGCGAAAGGACGGAUCGAAAUGUUUGAGGCCAAAACGAGCACCAAACACGGCAAAGCCCGCAAGCACGCAGGGACUUCAGAGGCUGCGGACAAAAAGCACCCAGACGCUUCGAAAGCCUCACAGGGAGAACACGUUCAGCAUAAAACAGAACACAAACAUGACCCGACUAACGACGCUGUCUUUAAAAAACUUCGCCUGUCCAAGGAUAAGUUUGGAAAGCUUUUGGACUCAAAGCCAAGCGUUUCCCCUCCAAUGAAGGCGGCAGAGGGACAAAAGACGGAUGUCAGAGCGCCGAGUAAGAAGGCAUUCAGCGAAGCGGUCAAACACAAAACAAGCGCACCCAAAGAAGAGCCGAAGGUCACGCAACCCAUCCAGGCAGCAUCCGUGAGUGAGGACCCCCAAAGUCUUAGUCUGUGGUGUCAGUUCGCUGCCAUCUCGGGCAUGCACACGGUCACCUGGAGGCACGACGGUGCUGUCCUGGCGGAGGUCAAGCGAAGUGCAGGGGACGAGAGUCGUGCGUACUUGACUAUCCCCAGGGCCUCCCACAAAGACCUGGGGAAGUACCAGUGCUGCCUCAACAGCUCACAAGGCUCCAUCACGCUGGACUACAUUCUUACUUAUGAAGUGCUCCGUGAGAUUGUCAUCCAGCCAUCUCCAAACGUCACAUCCGUCGAGGUGGGCUCCGAGGCGGAGGACGUCCAGUGUUCCCAGCUGCUGUUCAGAGACGACUUCCUGUCCGAGCAGUACUUCGGCGAAAACCAGCCCUUCAGCAUCGUCACAGAGAAGGUCCACUUUGGGGAGGGCAUGCACCGGCGGGCGUUUCGCACCAGGCUGCGCAGGGGUGGGGUGCCCCUCCUGCUGGCUGGGCCCUCGUGCGUGCUUAAGGUGCACACCGCCAUCAGCUACGGGAUCAAGAACAAUGACGACCUUGUUAAAAGGAACUACUCCCUGGCUGUGGAAGAGUGUCAUGUUCAGAACACGGCUCGCGAGUACAUCAAGGAGUACACUGCUGUCGCCCAGUCCGUCGCCGCCUUCGGGGAAGUCCCAGAGAUCAUUCCCAUCUACCUGGUUCACCGGCCGUCUAGCGACAUCCCAUACGCCACGCUGGAGGAGGAGCUGAUCGGUGACUUCGUCAAGUAUUCGGUGAAGGACGGCAAGGAGAUCAACCUGAUGAGGCGGGACUCCGAAGCGGGGCGCAAGUGUUGCGCCUUCCAGCAUUGGGUGUACCAACGGACGGAAGGAAACCUGCUGGUUACUGACAUGCAAGGAGUCGGAAUGAAGCUCACUGAUGUGGGAAUAGCCACCUGUAAGAAAGGCUACAAGGGCUUCAAAGGAAACUGUGCCACCUCAUUCAUCGACCAGUUCAAAGUGCUGCACCAGUGCAACACUUACUGCGAGAUCCUGGGCCUGGACUCCCUGCAGCCCAAAGCAGCCAAGAAGGCUGUCUGCACUCAGAAAAGCAAACCACAGCCAUUAGCAGGACCCAAAAAGAAAACAUUUGGGCCCACUCUUAAGGCCAAGUCCUAAGAAUGGGAAGUGCUCGGACUUGGAUGGGAAUUGGGGUGUUGAACUGUCAUGUCUUACAUUGAUUUUCUUUUUCUUUUUUUACUUGUGAUGUUUCCAAGCACGUUGUGUUCAUUAAAUUAAUGAACUGGUUAAUUAGCUUAUUGGAAGAAACACUGUUGACUAUGAAACAUAGAGCAGAGGACAAACUGUAUUGUUAUUGAUGGAUUCAGUGUGAAUGCUUUUAUUUGUUAGAGGUUUAUUUUCUUCCAUUCAUUUUCUAUAAAGUGCUUGUCGGUA